ACCUUUACAAAUUACAAUACGAAGCCUUUUAUCCAGUUUUCUUCAACGGUUUUCGAUAUUUUGAAAAAUCCCGAAUCUCUACAGGAGGAUGCGUCGAGGGGGCAUGAAGACGCCGAAGGCGACAAAUCCUGAAUCAAAGCUUGGCAAUGAUAAUGAGCUGCAUUCAAUACAUCUCUUAUUAUGAACCGAUGUGCAGGCUCAAACUAUGUACACUCCCGAGAUAUCACGCGGAAUCUACUUGAAUUCAACAGACAAAAUGCAAUGCACACUGAUGAUAUCAACCAAGAUCAAUGACCAUUUGAUUUCGACCUCUUACCUUUUCUGCCCUUCUUCUGCAUCCCUUGCGAGUACAUCUGCGCCUAUACUGUGGCUACUGUAAUGGCCCAAAACGGUGCUGAAGAGCAUGAACAUGCCGUGACCUUAUUGUACCAUAGCGGUCAUGUCAUAGCUGUUAUACCUCAGACUCUCGUAUACGGAAUAUAUGCUGUCUUGGUCCCCGUUUCUUCCUAUGUCAUGCUCCGUAGAGGACUUGCGACAAGAGCACGAAAGAUCCUGUUUGGAAUAUCGAUUUUCAUGUUCUUACUUUCGACAGUGUACUGGAUUGCCUCGGUUUCAACAUUGAUCCAACUGAUCCAAGUCUGGUUCCUUGCUUCCGAUCCUGAUGCCCACAGCGCACCAAAUUAUUUACCCAUCUUGAAUGCCUUGGCCUUAGUAAACUACAUCAUAACUGACGGAGUAGUUGUCUGGCGUGCAUGGGUUUUAUGUUCGGGCGAUGGUACGAAGGCCUUAACUAUGUGUCUGUUCAUGCUCGGCCUCGCUACAGUCUCCGUGACUGCAACGAUCGUUAUUCGCAUUACCCUCAUGGUAAUCGAUACCCAAGUUGGGGAGCUGUUCAACCAGCUGAAUCACGGCAUCAACGUUACGCAGGUGGCAACUUUGGUGUUAUCUCUUCUCACAAACUCACUAGCCACGUUCUUGAUAUCUCUGAAAGCUUGGAGAAGUCGAACUGAGAUACGAGAUAACUUGGAUUCCGCCGUUGACAGACAUUCAAGAGCCGGGAAAAUAUUCGCACUUCUCGUUGAGACGGGUGUUAUUUACUCACUAUCCUGCCUUACUGUGUUCGUGUCUUCACUCAUACCACUAAAAGAAGGAACCCUUGGUGACUUGUAUACGCCCGUUAACAUCCAGUUCGCAGGAAUAUAUCCGGUCGCUGUCCUCCUCCUCGUCACUCAAAACCAUACCCUUGACAGAACAGUCCGGGCAUUCGCUUCCGGAGUAGAGCAAACUCAGUUUCACCACACUGGGCAAUUGGACACAAUGCGCUUUCAACGUGGAUCCGUGAUAUCCUUAGAAACCCAGACGAGUGGCAAUAUUUAUUGGUAUGGUCGAAAACCUGGGGAUAAUCUGAGUGGGCUUCCACCGAUCCCAUCUCCAAGAAUCACGUGGGGAGAUACAGAGCGGGUGUAGUGACAGGAGUAUCCUGGAAUAUCUGGACAAUUUGGUUCCUUUUAUUACCUUUUAUCACCUAGGUCAAUUCACGCUCAAGAUGUAGAUUGUGGUACUACGGCUUGACAACGUUACACAAUUAGAGCCACUGUGGCACAAACCCGAAUGAAACCAAACACCAUCCGGCGCCGAAACGGCCAACUGUCGCGUCUCGUCAUGUUCAUGUCAUAGCGCGGCGGGAU